AUGGGAAACAUAAUCGAUACAUUAAUGGGCUAUGUCUUUAAUCGACGUCAGAAUGCAAAUACUGCUCCUCAUUCUUCAACGGAUCAUCCAGAAGAGCUUCCUCCUAACCAGUUACCACCACCACCGAAUCAUAUUAAUCCUACAGCAAAAUUAUCAAUAUCAUCAAUAUCAACAUUGAAAUCAAGAGCUGUGACAACAAGAUCAGCUGACGUAACAUCAGAAUUAGACCUGACAACAAUAUCUAUAGAAAGAAGAAUAAUUCCACCAGUUGAAAUAGAUAUAAUAUCAUCAUCAGUAACAACAACAGAACAUCGAUGUAGUGAUUUUUAUAUUGCAUGUCGUACAAAUGAUAUUGAUAAAGUAAAAGAAUUACUUCCUCGAUUAACACUCAGUGAUAUCGAUCGAUUAGAACCAAAUGGUAGCACUGCACUCCAUUCAGCAAGUUAUCAUGGUCAUGAAGAAAUUGUUGAAUUAUUAUUAAAAGUAGGAGUUGAUCGAGCAAUAUACAAUAUAUUCGGAUGUUUACCAUUUGAUGAAGCUAAAAAUGAUAAAAUAAAAAGAUUAUUUCUUCGUAUACCAAAUACAGAUAGAUUUUUAUCAAAUACUGGUUCAAUUGAAUGGGAUUUAAUCACUGCUGAUGCUUUAGAAACAGCUGCAGAAAUACGGCAUGAUAUUCAAUCUAUCUAUAAUAAUACAAGUGGAUUAACUUCGAUCGAUAAAAUGUUUGAAAAAAUUUAUAAUAAUUAUAUUAAAGAUGGAUUAAUUAAUUUUGAAGGCGAUGAAAAAAUCAUACGUUUUUUUCGAAAAGCAAUUAAAGAAAAAGAUCCGAAAUGGAUAAUUAAAGCUUACACAGCAGAAACGGAGUUUUAUAAAAUUCUUAAUAAAGAAAUAGCAGGUGGAGCUUCACGAUUUCAAAAUGAACGAAGAUAUAUAAUAACAUUACUUAUACAUCAUCCAAAAUUAGAUGAAUUAACAUAUGUUGGUCAUUCAUAUCGUGUUUUACAAAUUACUCAAGAUGAUUUAAAUAAAUAUGAAAGAAAUUCUUGUCUUAUGACAAAAUCAUUUUUAUCUUCAUGUAUUGAUCAAAAAAUUGCCGAAUUAUUUAUAUUAAGAAAAGAACUUGCAGAAAGAGGAACUAUCAUGCCAGUACGUACGAGAGUUGAUGGAACAAUUAUGAAAUUUUGGGUUAUGUGUAUUUAUCAUAUAAAACAUCCACGUACUGCUUUACAUAUUGAAAAUUCUUCACAAUAUGCAAAUGAAGGAGAAAUUUUAAUUAUGCCUUAUAGUGUAUUUAAGAUAAAAAGAAUUAAUCAUAUGAAACCGUUAUCUGUACCAAUCGAUCAAAAAAUGACACAAAUUGAAUUCGAAGAAUGUGAUCCAUUUCUUGUUAAUACAAGAUAA